AUGAUGCCCAGACAUCACUCCGGAGGGUUUGCCAAUGGCUACCCAAGAGGUGAUACCUUUGAUAUCUCGCCGCACAGAUUCCAACCUCGCGCAGGCGGUCCCGCGUCUCGCCGUCGCAGAAAGCUUCUUGUGCGCAUCGGCAUUGCGGCUGUUUUAGUCACAGCGCUAUGCCUAUUUUUCAGACCCUCGAUCUCGAUCGCGUCUGUCUUUUCACUGGGUUUCCUCGGUGGCGACCCCGACUUCGACCUCGAAACUGUGCGGUACUACGAUCUGAACAGCGUUGGCGGAACUGCCCGAGGAUGGGAGAGAGAAGAGCGCAUUCUUCUCUGCGUCCCGCUCCGUGAUGCGUCCGCGCAUCUGCCCAUGUUCUUCUCGCAUCUGCGCAAUUUUACCUACCCGCACAACCUGAUUGAUCUGGCUUUCCUGGUUUCCGACUCCAAGGACAACACACUUCAACUAUUGGUCGACAACAUGAAUUUGAUCCAAAAUGAUGAUGACCCCAGACAACCUUAUGGAGAGAUUUCCAUCAUCGAAAAGGACUUUGGUCAAAAGGUCAACCAGGACGUUGAAAGUCGUCAUGGUUUCGCCGCCCAGGCCAGCCGUAGAAAACUCAUGGCCCAGGCCAGAAACUGGCUUCUCAGUGCCGCUCUUCGCCCAUACCAUUCGUGGGUCUAUUGGCGAGAUGUUGAUGUCGAGACAGCCCCCUUCACCAUUCUUGAGGAUCUGAUGCGGCACAACAAGGAUGUUAUCGUACCUAACGUCUGGCGACCCCUACCCGACUGGCUUGGCGGCGAGCAGCCGUACGACUUGAACUCUUGGCAAGAGUCUGAGACGGCUCUCGCGCUUGCCGACACCUUGGAUGAAGAUGCUGUAAUUGUCGAAGGAUAUGCCGAGUACGCUACCUGGAGACCGCACCUUGCCUAUCUCCGCGAUCCCUACGGCGACCCCGACAUGGAAAUGGAAAUCGACGGCGUCGGUGGUGUCAGUAUUCUAGCUAAGGCAAAGGUAUUCCGCAGUGGUGUCCAUUUCCCAGCCUUUAGCUUUGAGAAGCACGCUGAGACUGAAGGGUUUGGCAAGAUGGCGAGAAAGAUGAAGUUUUCCGUGGUUGGACUGCCUCACUACACCAUUUGGCAUCUUUACGAGCCUAGUGUGGACGAUGUUAAGCACAUGGAGGAAAUGGAGGCUGAGCGAAAACUCAAGGAGAAGGAAGAGGAAGAGAGGAGGCUCAAGGAGCAGACGCUCAAAGAGACCUUUGGUGACAGCCAGAGGGAGUGGGAACAAGACAAGGUUCAGAUGCAAAGCCUUGAGUCUCAGCGCAAGGCUGACCAGGCAGCGCAAGUGCCUAAGGCUGGCCAGGCAGCGGAAGAGCCCAAGGCUGGCCAGGCAGUACAAGAGCCCAAGGCCGGACUGGCAGCGCAAGAGCCAAAGGGUGCCGCUGCCAAGGCUGCGGACGCCGCUGGCGGCAAAUAA